AUGCGUGAUGGUGCAGGCGCGCGCAACCCCAGCCGGCCGACUGUCAGGGCCACUCCGCCGGCAAACCGACUCGAAGGCACCCGCGCGGCCGAGCCUCGCUUACCCAAGCAACGCGGCCUUCGUGGCCAGGGAGCCCUGCUAGGCGCUUCGAGCACACUCCCACCUCGAUCCUACAACAGCGGGAACGCGCUGACAACGCCAGCGUUCGCGAAAGAGGCUCGCUGGACCAAAGAGAUGGAAAUCGUGCCCGAGGGGAAAAACUUCCGAUUGGUGACAGAAGACGAGCUCCCAGCGUUGGCCGAUUUCUUAGUGCAGUAUAUGCCUGAAUCUCUAAAGUUUCAGCAGACGAUUCAAACAUAUCUAAACAACAAGGUUUGGGACUUCCAUUUUUAUGUAGCAAAGAAUUGGCCCGAAGAUCCAAUUUGUCUGCAUUUUCCUGGGUGUACAAGUACGCCCAACAAUCUCACUUACGAGAGCGUGACGGUGUUUUGUCCAUCGGAAAGAGUAGAACUAGUCGAUCUGUUGUCAACUGAAGAUAUCCUGCUGGACCUUAGCCAGCCGCUGUACUUGAACUUCACACAUGAAGCGAUCGUGAACCGAUUCGAGAAGUACUAUGAGGCUCACGACAAAAUCGCUGGCGAUGUAUACGUAUGCGACAACCCGCCGGAAGACACCAGCGCUGACGAACUACCACCGGACGUGGAGCUAGUUCGCCUGCAGCCGGAGCACAUGAAAGCGGUGCACGACUUGUAUCCGGCAAGUGAUAUCGAAUGCCGUGAGGUCUUCGAGAAGCUGGUUGCCGAACUACCUGCAUACGGCAUCUUUGUGGAAGGGAAACUGGCCGCUUGGAUGGUUCAGUCCUACUACGGAGCUAUGUUCUCCAUGCAAACAAGACCAGAAUUCCGAAGGAAAGGUUACGGGAUAUAUCUAGCCAGGCGUCUGACCAAGGAAGUCGCCGCCCGCGGCUAUAAGCCCUUUGUUGUGAUUCGUCCUGAAAAUGACGCGUCCCGCUCUCUCUACUCCAAGCUGGGCUUCGAGAAACGUUUUCGGACGGUGCGGGCCGUUUUGCACCCCCGCUAA